UUUUAUUUUAUAAUUUAAUACAAUUAAGAGUGUAAUUAGCUCGAAAAGAAAAUAAUACUAUUUUUAGCACAACGCAUUUGGGUGUCUUUUGAAGAACUGGAAAUCUAAGAACUGAAGUCUAAAAAGACGCAAAAAUGGCUGCUGCUGCUUCUUCCUCUCUACGUUCAAUCCCUGCUCCUCCCAGAUUGAAGAAUCAGCUGAAGAAGUAUGGCGAGGUGUCGCAUUCCGGUCUCUCUGUUGCCUGCAAAGCCGUCUCCGUCGUGCCUCAGGCUGAGAUUGAAGGUCUCGACAUUGCUGAAGAUGUCACUCAGAUACAUUAUGAGACAACUGGUCCAGAGAUCUGGGAGGAUAUGAGAGGCAAGGUGGACAUUUUUGUUGCUGGGAUUGGAACUGGUGGAACUAUAUCAGGAGUUGGUCGGUUUCUUAAAGAGAAAAAUCCUAAAAUUAAGGUUAUUGGUGUAGAACCUUCAGAGAGCAACAUACUUUCUGGUGGAAAUCCUGGUCCUCACAAGAUUCAAGGGAUUGGAGCUGGAUUUGUACCUAGGAACUUGGAUCAAGAUUUGCUUGAUGAGGUUUUAGAGAUAUCCAGUGAUGAAGCUCUUGAAACUGCAAAACAGUUAGCACUCCAGGAAGGCUUGUUGGUCAGUUCACUUUAUAAAACUUAACAACCAUGUUAAAAUUUGCAGUGAAAGCAGAAGUAAUCCAGUAAUUGAAGCUCCACUUUAAGUCUUUGAUGCAUAGUCAUGCCUCAAACCAGAAGUUAAUGAAUUUAAGAUUGAUAGGUUGGUAUAUCUUCUGGAGCAGCAGCUGCUGCUGCUAUGAAGGUUGGGAAAAGGCCUGGAAAUGCUGGGAGGCUGAUUACGGUAGUGUUUCCAAGCUUUGGAGAAAGAUACCUCUCAUCUGUCCUGUUCCAGUCUAUAGAGAAGAAUGUAAGAAAAUGCAGCCUGAGCCUUAAAAACCCUCAAAUAAUUUGUUGACACAGUAACUUUUUUUUUGGACCCUUGAUGUUUGUUUUGAAUCUCCACUUUGUGGCAUUAUAAAAGCUUUGAUUGAAA